AUGGAUUCAACAACCGCGGCUCGACGUCGCCGCCGUAGACGCGUUGCCGAUGAGAACCGGAAACGUGCACCACGAGCGUGCGAUCGAUGCAAGGCUCGGAAAAGCAAGUGCAUUGAGUCGAGUCCAGGCAUUUGCCAAAGAUGUGAAGCUGGUCAGCUUAGUUGUCGCUUUGACAAGUUGUCUCCGCGACAAAGUCAAAGCCCGAUGCCCACUGGAGAUGCGACAAUUACUGCCGUAGCUGCCUCGUCUCAAACAGGAGCAACGCCCCAGGAGAACAUUUCCAUAGAAAGCCACCAGACUGAAAGCAUACUAUGGCCCCGAUUCCUGACAAGACUACGCGAAGCCUUUUCUUUGGACCCGAUAUCAGGCCCAGAAGAGCAGGAUAUGGUCAAUCUGCAGGCUAACAUCACGCGACCAAGUAACCCAUCGCUGGUAGAACAAGCCCGUUUGAAGAAGAUUGUUGACUCAUUUCCUCCCCGCUCCAUCGCCGAGUUUCUUGUCCAUGUCUGCAUCAGACGAGGCACUGACGCCUUCUUCUACUUCGACCAAGCCCAGCUCAUUCAUGAGAUUGAGCAAUUUUACACCAACCAAACAUGCCCGUUGAGGUCCGACCCCAGCUUCAUUUGUCUCGCAUUGACGAUCUUCGCACUUGGUAGCCACUGGACCCCUUUGGAGCGACCCGGCCAUUCACGAAUUGAUGAACACGAUCCCGGACGGCUCUUCUUUGAGCAAGCUAAGGUCCUUGUUCCGGAUAUAAUCGAGCUUCCAGGCCUCAGAUCUAUCCAAGUAUGCUUGAUACUCGGUGUCUAUCUCAUGCCACAGAAUGCAGUUGGGUCGUCUUAUGUCUACACGGGAAUGGCUUUGAGGAAGGCUCUGGCAUUUGACCUACACCAGGAUUCUGACGACCAAGCAAUGGAUGCGCGAGAAAGAGAAGUUCGUCGUCGCUUGUGGUGGUCGAUAUACUCGCUUGAAAGGUGCUCGACAAUAAAGCUCAACAGGCCACGAUCUGUGGCACCUGAGAUCAUUACGGCCCCAUUACCGACUAUUCUGCCAGAUUUUGACAACGCCCAAAAGUUCAAUAAUGUCCUUCUUCAAAUUGCCUUCGCGCGUCUCAUAUCCAUUUUGGACAAAGUGGCUGACUGGGAGUCAACAGUAACGAAUGCUCCACGCCAGGCAGAUACAGUGAAUUUGGAGAACCAGCUGAAAGAGUGGAAAGACUCGUUGCCUGAAGCCUUUGAUCUCGAGACAAUUCCACCCCAAGACUCACGCUAUCGCGCUGUCUUUCACAUCUGGCUCAACUAUUACUAUGCCUGGAUAGUGAUGGGUAAAAUGUCUCUCAUUACUGUUGUAAGAAUGACUCUUCGACGCCAUCUCGGAGAUGACUCAGAGCCAUGCAACAUUGAAGAAAAGGCUGAAAAGCUAUCAAAGUCCUGCGCAAAGGCUUCCAAAAAGCUGCUUCAACUAUUUGAGGACUUGAACCAAACAGGGUAUACCACACGAUUCUCAUUCACAGAUUUCCAAGGCUGCAGUAUCGCUACCAUCGUCACUCUCAUAGCAGGUAUCCUUGAUAGGGAUCCCGGAUACGAAAGACGCGUCAGAUUUGGUCUAGACUUCUUGCGCAGAAUGGCGACAGGGAACCCAAAUGCUCAAGUUGGUGUUCGGUUUGUCGAAGCACUUCGGUCCAUCUCGAACGAGGCGUGGGGUAAGCUUAGUCGGUCUAGGCAGCCUCCUACCAACGCGACUGACGAAGGGCUACAAUCAUCAGCGUACAAUGAAUGGGCCGAGUGGUUAUCAAACCAAGAACAGUCUCAGAGUACUAUCAACAGCGAAGUGAUUGGUGAAAGCGCCUUAGGUUCUGACCAGAAUACACAGGUACCUUCAGGUGCCGACGCAGAGUUCUGGUCUGCGGGACCUGAGGUCAUGGAAUGGAACUCACGCACUGAUGCGGUUCUGGAGCCACUAAUGCCACGUCUACCGGCUCCGCAGCCUCAGGCCGGAGAGCAGCAGCUCGAUCCGUUUGAGACGUAUCGCCUGUCGGCGACGUAUAAUGACGAUCAACCAUUCUUGAUGGGGCUCACGGGCUUUGAUGUCCUAGACUUUGCAGGUUAUCCUCCCGACCUGGCGCCAUGA